AUGUUACUUCAUCACGACCUGCGCAGCUUGUUCCUCAAUGACAAGUAUGCCGAUCUGACGGUCACUUGUAAAGGACGCGAGGUCAAGGUUCAUAGAGCCGUUGUCUGCUCACAGUCCAGCUUCUUCGAUAAAGCCUGUACUUCUGGCUUCAAGGAAUCUUACACGGGAGUCAUCGACCUGCCCGAAGACUACCCCGAUAUCUUCGAAAAAUUUCUCGCCUUUCUGUACACCGGCAACUACGAUGACGGAGCACAGGCUCUAUCGUCGGGUGCAAGCCGGGCUGCCACGAUAUCUCAUGAAGAUGUUACUAUGGAACUAUUCAGGCUGGAUUCAACUGUUCGCGAUCAGGCAGUGCUUGGCUAUAUGGAAGAGAACCACAAGGAAUUGAAGUCUGGCCAAGCAGUAUUGGGUGAAGAUGACUCAGAUGAGAGCGAGCCAGAUAGUCCUUCCGAAUCCCCCGUCAGCAUGGCGGAGCGGACAUUUGCUGCUCUGGAGGUUAUGUUGACUAGUAUAAUCACCAAAAUCCGAUUUUACACGAUGGCCGACAAGUUCGACGUCAACGCGGCUCGGUUGCUUGCUCGCGAGCGACUGUGCUAUCACACGAAAAUUUUCCUUUUAAGUGUUCCAUCGUAUAGUAACAUCACGCCUGCAGCCGUCCUCUCCUUAUCGGAGAAUCGGAGCCGAAUGAUGUAUGCGGGGUUUUCGACUGCGGUGGACGAGCUGUACGGCACAACCGCUCCUUAUGAUGUGAUAAUACAAAAGCUACUUUGUCCCUGGAUCGGAACUGCCUUUGAAAAAGAGCCAUGGUUUCGGAAACCCCUAAUUCCUGUCAUGCGCAAGCACGCAGAUCUUGCUUUGGCGAUGAUACUAUGGAUUGUGGAAGACGAACCCGCCUGGUAA